GCCCCCUGCAUUGAGCGAGCUGGGUGUUUCCUGCCUCUCAGUCCGGAUUUGGAGACUCCGGCGUCCUCCGACUUUUCAUGGAAGAGAUGUCAGGAGACAGCGUGGUGAGCUCAGCGGUGCCAGCGGCUGCCACCCGCACUACUUCCUUCAAGGGUGCCAGCCCCAGCUCCAAGUACGUGAAGCUGAACGUGGGGGGCGCUCUCUACUACACCACCAUGCAGACGCUCACCAAGCAGGACACCAUGCUGAAGGCCAUGUUCAGUGGACGCAUGGAAGUGCUCACGGACAGCGAAGGCUGGAUCCUCAUUGACCGCUGUGGGAAGCACUUUGGGACAAUCCUCAACUACCUGCGAGACGGGGGUGUACCCUUGCCUGAGAGCCGCCGGGAGAUCGAGGAGCUGCUAGCCGAGGCCAAGUACUACCUGGUGCAGGGCCUGCUGGAAGAGUGCCAGGCCGCCCUACAACAGAACAAAGAUACUUACGAGCCCUUCUGCAAGGUACCCGUCAUCACAUCCUCCAAGGAAGAACAGAGGCUUAUAGCGACGUCAAAUAAGCCCGCCGUGAAGCUGCUCUACAACAGGAGCAACAACAAGUACUCCUACACCAGCAAUUCUGACGAUAACAUGUUGAAAAACAUCGAACUGUUCGAUAAGCUGUCCCUGCGCUUCAACGGGCGGGUCCUGUUCAUUAAGGACGUCAUCGGGGACGAGAUCUGCUGUUGGUCAUUUUACGGCCAGGGCCGGAAAAUCGCUGAAGUCUGUUGUACCUCCAUCGUCUACGCCACUGAGAAGAAGCAGACCAAGGUUGAGUUCCCUGAAGCCCGCAUUUAUGAGGAGACCCUGAAUAUCUUGCUGUACGAGGCCCAGGAUGGCCGAGGACCUGACAAUGCCCUCCUGGAGGCCACGGGCGGGGCAGCUGGACGUUCUCAUCACCUGGACGAGGACGAGGAGCGGGAGCGGGAGCGGAUCGAGCGCGUGAGGAGGAUCCAUAUCAAGCGCCCAGAUGACCGGGCCCACCUCCACCAGUGAGCAGGCCGAGCACCCUGCCUUCUGCCCUCCCUCUGCUCCUGCCCCGCCCCCUCAGACCCUGUGCAGGCUUUGGGGCACCUCCCACUUCCCCUGGAGUCUGAGACACUUUUGUAACAAGCCAGAUGAUUAUUUUGUUAUUUCUUGACAAAGUAGAUUGCUUCUGUGUUGGCCCGGGUGUGCACCCCUUCUGAACAUGCUGUGUCUGGGGUCCCACCUCCCGUGAGAGCCUGGAGCCCAGCCUUCUGGGGCCUUGGAGGAAAACGUAUGAAUGAGUUUGGCGUGUAUGUGAGAACCUUUGUUGCAGUAUUUAUUUUUAUGGGUGUUGACUACCUAUUAGGGCCUCUUAGGUGACACUCCCUCAAGGACUUAGUUUGGCAGUUGGGAGGAACUGCGUAGUUGGCAGCCGGCCACCAAGGCGUCCUUGAGCAGCCUGGCCCUGGUGUGUUCUGAGCAGGCAGUCUUUGCUCUCCUGUGAGUCUGCUCUGUGUGCGGUUUUGUACAGAGCCCCUUGGGCACAGUGGAAGGGGGACGAAGUGUGCUUCUGGCCUCUCCCUGGUUCUCAGCAUGGCAGGCACACUCCAGGCUGGGAGCAGACCGAUUCCUGGCAGUUGGCUGCUCUCUCGGCUCAGUCCUUUUGAUGUACCCCAUCCAGGAAGGGGCAGCCAUCGCUGCUUUAAGGGUCUACUCCUCUCUUGCAUGGCUUCCUUUUCUCAUCAAGGGGGUGCCUUGCCCUUUGGUUAGGAACUGGGGUGACCGCAGACACUGGCACCAGGUGAGGACACCACUGAGUUUGCAGCAGUUUCCCUGCAGAAUAGAGUGGGCAUGCAGAUACCUUUGGGUCUUGUUGUGUUCAGGGGAUGUGUGUGUGACUGCUGGUGGGACGUGUGACUGUAGGGCGCAGGCGCUCACGACAACAGUCAGUUACCUCGAGUCUGCUUUGCGCAGAGGAGUCGUGGCUGAGUAGACUAGUUUCAAGGUUAGGUGAGAGUGUGGGAUGGAUUUGGCUGCUUGAUAAAGGAAGUGUUGGCUAUUUUUUAGACCAAAGGUAUUAAGUGGGCAAUCUCUGACAGGUUUUAAAAUUUCUAUUUAGCGACGGUUUGUACAGCUCGCUUUGUACAUGACAGUUGUAUACCUUUCUCUUGUAUCUGACACAAAACCUAUGAUAAAUACUCAAACAAUCCCGACUGGAUCGAGGAACCAUGUAUGGGGUAGACUUUUGUAUUAAGAGCCAAGAAAGGGAGCUUACGAAUCAUGUUUCCUACGUUUUUAUACUGUUUGUUUUAAACGGCAGCCCUGCCCAGUGGGUUCAGCUUUUCUAGGAAGUGAAUGUCAGUACUGGUGUUUUCUAUAGGAAUGGAGAAGCCAUGUAUACACUGUGUAAAUGCUCAUGUGAGAAUGACCUAGCGGCACAAUCUGACUUGCCUUGGCCUCUGGCCUUCCGGUUACUGUUUUUGGCAGCUCUCUCUACCUUCCUCUAUCCUCAAACCUUGUGCCUGUAGCUUUGUACUUCAGCUCCCAGGGAUAGGAACAGACCUAGUGAACAUUCCACGGUGCCUGAUCUCGCUGGCAACUGAGUCCAGCUAGGGCCUGACCCAGCGUCAGUCUCCAAAGCUCUGCUUCCGGAUUCCAAACACUGGCGUGAGGGGCAGUAGUCAGCACUUCUAGAUCACCAUCUAGUGAGUCGCUGGUGUAGAGUGAACUUUUACUGCACACUAAGGGCUCACAAUUAAAAUAAACCAGAAUAGCUUUUUGCUCAUGGUAACCAAGUUCAGUGUCUGUGGGGCCCACAGCCUGGCAGGUCUGGCCCAGCUCUCUGUCACCUGCUGUGGGAGAUGGACCGUUUGACCUCUCUGGAGGCUGAGACCCCAUACCUGCUGCUCAGUGCUGGUAAUCAGCCCUCCCCAGAGUGCGUGCCGGCCAGAGGGCUCCACCCACAGUCCCUGGUCAUGUACGCACAUCACACUCUUCCUGCCUCUGCACUAUGAAAACCAUACUGGGAGUUUUAGAAGUGCUCACUCUUGUACGAGUGUCUGCGGACAUGUGUAAAAUAAACGUUAAACUCUGCUUCUA